GAGAAAAUCCUCGUGUGCAUCUCUCUCUCGUGUGUUCCAUAUAGACAAGAAUAGCACGCGGGAUCUGUGUGUGUACAUAAUAAGGUCUGCCGUGAGUCGUGUGUGUGUGUGUGUCCACUUUGGUAAUGGGUUUAAACCCCAGGCAGAAACACACGAAAGAAGCAAACAACUAUGGUGUAAAUGUAUGAAUGAAAAUGAUGAUGAUGAUAUGGAAGAAAAACCAAAAGUAUUUCCGGAGCUGCCGGGGCUCAUCUCGUAUGUAUUUGUUUCGUUUUUUUUAAUUUUAAAUUGUUUUUCCUUGAAAUACUAUGUGCAACUCUCUGAAAGUUUAAGGCAAACUCUCUGGGUGUUUUGGUGAAUUAUCUUUUCAUCUCGCAGGAUGGAAGGGAAAUCGCUUUAAUUUAAAGAUUCUUUUAUCCCCCAGUGUAGGACUUGGUUUUUUUUAAAUUGCUUUCUUUAUGCUAUUAUGGCGGCCAGUUCCGUAAGUACGGCACAGCACACCUAAUAAAUUUCCUCUGCCUAAUGUCAUAAACCAUGCUCCUUUCUUUCUAUACUCCCUGUCUGGUUUUUAUUCCGACUGUGUGCAACCAGAGGCAAAACCUUUUGAUGAUGAUGACGGUGAAGUGGCGUCUUCCGACGCCAUAUAAUACUAUUGUGACUUUAGACUCUGCUGCCGUUGGAUGCCUGUGGAUUGAGAAAGUCAACUGCAUGGAGAAGAAAGAAGAAGAAUAGGAGAACAACAACAACAACAACAGACGUCUGGACUGGCUAAAUGGCAACGAGAAGGGAGUAGGAGGAGCUGGAGCGGAAGUGGCGGUGCCCUCGCUCAUUUUUCUAGCGCAAUUAGCCGUUGAAAUUACUCCGCGAGCCAAGGAUAUACACGUAUAUAUGUAUACUCGCUGGGCACAGCAGCAAACAAACCCUGGCUCUUAACCACCACCCCCUAAAGGCAUACUAGUUUAAGAAGAAACGGCCAACUGUAUAUAACACAAUAACUUGUUUCUUUCUCCCCAAUUUCAAGUGUCCAAGGUCCAGCAGUUCCAAAGUUUCUUCAGAGAUGGAAGAGAAAAGGAGGCGGAGUCGUCGAGAAGAAAGUCCUGGGAUUUUUUUUUUUAAGAGAAGAAGAAGGAGGAUGCGAUCAUCAGGUGAACGACUUGGAACUUCCGCCCGCAGUAACGUCCGCGGGAUAAGUAGCCUAGCAGGAGCAACAACAACAGCAGCAAGUACAUCAUGGAGUUGACCUUUCGGUCACGCCGGUAUAUCUGCUAUAGUACCGGAGGUCACACACACACAUAGUCUAUAGUUGUACCGACUAUACCACGGCCGCAACCACACCGGUGCGCCAUCAUCAAGGGUAGAAACAACGAAGAGGAGCCUGCGCUACGGCAUUAGCGUGUACUUCCAGCUGGUUUCCUCUCCGCGUUAGUCGAGAAAAUUUUCAAACCACAGAGAAGAAGCGCCUUCGUUCGCCACACAGCCUGAGAUUUCCCAUCGAGUGUGUCCGGAUGGAACCCGCCGCCCUUACAGUGGGCUCUGUCUCCCAAGGCUGGAUAAAAAUAAGGAGCCAAGGCUUCGCUCUAUGGUACAACAACGCCGGGUCAUUUGGCUCGUCGGGGGUCACACGGGAUCCACAGUCAACUUGCAUUCGGACCCAGCAAGGAGCUAUGGGGGUGAGCAAAUCCACUCGAGGCGGCAACAACUUCCGGCCAAUGUUGUCGCAUCAGAAAUGAAAUCAUUCCGCCGGACUUAAACAAAACUCCUUUAAGAUCAGAAAAAAAGGUUUCCACAUAAAUCCUACAGAACAAAAAAAGAUUUUUUCCAGGAGGGGGUGUGGUUUUAGGUUUCUGCCUGGAACCAACGGCCACCCCUCUAUUUGCGGGGACGUCUGUCUCUGCUCAAUGUCAAUUUUUAUGACAUGAACAUGACGAGCUCUCUCCCCGGCUUAUGUGUGUGUGUGUGUAUUAGUACACAUAUGGGCCGGUCGACUUAUAUUAUGGGUAUAGAAGAAGAUUUAUUUAUUUUGAAUAUCAUCUCCCCGCGUAUUUUUUAUUUAUUUAUUUGCAGACGUGAAAGAAAAGAAGAAAAAAUAGAAAGAAGAAGAAGAAAAGACAAGAAAAAGGUCAGUCGGGUCAAUGGAGCCGAAACGCAGCGUGCGCGCCUGGCCCAACCGGGCCAACUACCUUUUAAACUGGCGAGUUCAAAAGUUCGCGCGCGCUACUCGACUACUUAAGACUCUCCAUCGAGCACACAGGAUCCAUCCAGCCCAGUCUAUCCACAGGGUGCCCCCCAUCUCUCCACUAUAUACCAGUAUAGAUAAUAUACUGUCACUUUUGGUUUGCUCCUGUUAUUCUUUUAAAUUCUUGUUACUCUUUUUUAUCUAUUCAUCCGCACAAUCCAAAAAUAGGAUCGAUAUGUAAUUUGUUCUAUUUAUUUCUCUUUUUUUUUCAAUAUUCGACAGGAAAGGAGUGGAUGGAAGAAGAAAUUGGAUUUGCGGAUGAGAGGAAAUGAUUUGGAGAAAUUUUUUUUGUCGGUGGGGGUAGUGGAUUGGAGGGCAAGAAAGGAACGGAUGUCGAUGACGUCGAUGGAGAAAAAGAAGAUGGAGAGGUGUUGGCCCUGUCGAUCGACGUCGAAAGAAGAAGAAGAAAAAAAAAGAGACUCGGCGCCAGUGGGAGGGAUGGGAGGAGCCACAUCGCUAACGACGUCCAAUGGGGGCCGAGCCAGAGAUCAAAGGGGGAUGGCCGGAGGGCGCCCGGGGGGCCGCGGCCUCUGGCACGGCGCGCACCAAUAGACACACACUGUGCCACACAGAGCCAAAGCCACCACCAGCCCAGCACAAGUCCCUUUUAUUUCUCUUUUUUCUUAUUUUAUUUUUGAAAGAGCCCGCGCGCGCGUUGCCAUAACGACAGCCCCAAAAGGCCACCACCUCCUUGUCCCCACCCUCUUUUUCGCUGGCUCUCUCCUGUUUGUGUGUGUGUCUGGCUAAAGGAUGGCUGCGCUAUGAACCCGAGAGACGGUAUCACGGGGCCAGUUGAACGCUGCCGGCCGAACGGCCUCAACGUGUGCCCUCUGCCGCUCCGAUACUCCUGACCUUUGAACCAUCACACCACUUCAUACAGAGACAUACACACGACCGUAUAGCUUUUGCUUCUUUGGACUUGACGCUCAACUCUCCUCCAAAUCGAUCGAAUUUCUUUUUUUAAAAACAAAAGGAAAAUUUUCAAUCCGUGAAGAAAACAAAACGAUUGGUUACCCUCGCCAGCUACCGGUUAAUGUCAUUUUUGCUUGAGUCUAUUUCGCGUGCCGGAGGAAUUACGUCAUUUGGAAUAACUUGGCGAAUCAUUCAGGUGAAAUCGUGAUGGAUUUGUGUGACCCAGUGUCGAUGAAUUAAAAGUGGAACGACAUCAAAGUGUAGUUUUUGAUUAUCCCGGAUCCUAGUUUGCAGUUGGUGUUGUAACAUCCAAAGUGUUUCGAAUCGGAAUCUGAAGAAUUGCGUAUUUUUUUCUUUUAGUGCCGAGUGGUUUUUUCUGUGCGUCAUCAGUGAAAAAAUCUAAACAACAACAGCGAUAAAAAAAAAUUCAAAAAAUAAAAACUCGUCGAAACUCAUCGAAUCAGAAAAGAAGGAAAACCGAAAAAACAACCUCAAAAAAGUAUCGGCCUCAUCAUAGCGUCGUUUCCGCUCUCACUGUCGGGUCCGGCCAUGUCGCUGAUGGGGACCAUGCCAUCCGGCGUGCUGCUGGGCGGCGGAGGAGUGGUCGGCCACGGUCCCGGCGGAUGGAGGGACGUCGGGUUGACGUCGGUCGACGAUCCUAUCGGCCCAGUGGUGGGAUCGGCGUCCCUGGGCGGACUGGGCGGACUGGCCAUGACUCCCCACCACCAGCAGCAGCAACAGCAGCAGCAACUCCAACAGCAACAACAGCAGCAACAACAUCACCAGCCCCCGCCGCAGAUCUCCACGCCAGGAUCGCAGGCCUCUUCCGGCGCCUCCUCGUCGGCAUCCAACAACGGCAAAGACGCCCCCAACGUCGAGUGCGUCGUCUGCGGCGACAAGUCAUCCGGAAAGCACUACGGACAAUUCACUUGCGAAGGGUGUAAAAGUUUCUUCAAGAGGAGCGUACGUCGGAACUUGAGCUACUCGUGCCGGGGCAACCGCAACUGCCCGGUGGACCAGCACCAUCGCAACCAGUGCCAGUACUGCCGGCUGAAGAAGUGCCUCAAGAUGGGCAUGAGGCGAGAAGGUGGGUCCCCAUUCACCAUCGCUCCAUCCACCAUCCACAGCAUCAUGCACUCUUUCCACCCUUACCACCAUUACCAAUCUCCUCCACCACCAGUGUGGAACCCUCUUUCUGCUACUUCUACUACUUCUACCACUUCGGCCAGUGCUUCUACCGCUUCUACCACUUCUGCCACUUCUGCAUCACGGCCGGCGUUUUUAGCGGUCGGCCACGCUGUCCAGCGGGGUCGAGUUCCGCCUUCGCAACAUCCGGGAUUCCCUGGUCAGUUGUCGCUGACGAACGGGAUCGGCGGCGGCGGUGGUGGCGGCAACAUGGGCCUGGGCGGCGGCGGCGGUGUGGGCGGCCUGGGCGUGGGCAACGACGGCGGCCUCAACGGCUCGCACGGCUACCUGUCGAGUUACAUUUCGCUGUUGCUGAGGGCCGAGCCGUACCCGACGUCGCGCUACGGCCAGUGCAUGCAGCCGAGCAACAACAUCAUGGGCAUCGACAACAUUUGCGAGCUGGCCGCCCGGCUCCUCUUCUCGGCCGUCGAGUGGGCCCGCAACAUCCCCUUCUUCCCCGAUCUCCAGGUGACGGACCAGGUGGCGCUGCUGCGCCUCGUCUGGAGCGAACUGUUCGUGUUGAACGCGUCGCAGUGUUCCAUGCCGUUGCACGUGGCCCCGCUCCUGGCCGCCGCCGGACUCCACGCCAGUCCCAUGGCCGCCGACCGCGUAGUCGCCUUCAUGGAUCACAUCCGCAUCUUCCAGGAGCAAGUGGAGAAACUCAAAGCCCUCCACGUCGACUCGGCCGAAUAUUCUUGUCUCAAAGCCAUCGUCCUAUUCACCACAGACGCUUGCGGAUUGUCGGACGUGGGACACAUCGAGAGCCUGCAGGAGAAAUCGCAGUGCGCCCUGGAAGAGUACUGCCGGACGCAGUAUGCCAACCAACCGGUCCGUUUUGGCAAACUGCUCCUGAGGCUGCCUUCUUUACGUACCGUCUCGUCGCAAGUCAUCGAGCAACUUUUCUUCGUCCGGCUGGUCGGUAAAACGCCCAUCGAGACACUCAUCCGCGACAUGCUCCUAUCCGGUUCCAGUUUCAAUUGGCCCUACAUGCCGUCGAUGUGAAUAUUAAAAGUAAAAAUUUUCAAUUUUUCUUCUUCUUUGUGUGUGUGGAGUGUUUGGGGGAGUUGGGAGCUGCGCAAAUGUUUUUGUUGUUGCCUCCUCCCCCCGCCACCACGAAAGACACUUUCCCCCCUUAUAAUAAUAAUAAUAAUAAUAUCUACGACAUUCGAUAUUUAGUUGUAUAGUGUUAUAUAUAUAUUAUUAUAUCCCUCAGCCCACCGAAAUCUCAUCGUUUGUGCUACUUGAAUAUGACACACACUCAUACAAAUAGUCCUCUAUUAUGUUUUUGCGGGUGGGGACUAACACUACUUAUAUUACGUAUAUUAUAUAUGAAGUAGUAAAAUGGAGAUCUUUUUUCCGAUAAAAGACACACACACACAUCCGGUCAUGAUCUGCAAAAACAUAUUUUCGGUUUGAUAAAAUAAGAAAUUAUUGAUAAUUACAACAUAGGCUGCUAUUUACCCCACCACCACUUUGAAAUCUUUUUAACAUUUCUUCAAUUUUCUCUUGGCUCUCUUGAAUUUUUCUUUUUUCAAAAAUAUAUAUUGAAAUGAAUAAUUAAUUAUACUAUUAUAUCGGAUUCAUUUGGUAUACAAAUAUUAUAUGAAGUGGGACACGCAGGAAACAAAACAAUAUUCAUAUUCUAUUCACUCACGUCUGAUAUUUUUCCCUCGUCUCGGUUUUCACUAGAAGAUUAAAAAAAAAAACAAGAAAAAUCAUUACAAAAAAAACAAUAAUAAAUUCAAUUUCGUGUUGUUGUUGUUGUAUACGUGUAUGUGUGUGAACAGCGUCAAGCCAAAGUUGUGUACAGUUCCUUUUAUCAUUUUUUUUUUGGUAAAUCCCCCCCCAACAAAAUUAAAAAUGAAAAAAAAAAUUCGACAGCUCUCUCUUAUUAAAUCAUAAUUAUUGAUGUGUGGUUUGUUUAACUGUUUACUUCUUGAUUGAUUUGUCACCCCCUCCCGAGAUUUCAUCAGUGGUCCCCCCUUAUCUUUUUUUUGUUUGUUUCACUACAGAAUUUCAUGUGUGGAUGUUAUUUCUCAGUGUACAGUGUAAUACAUUGACGAUUUGAUCCCUCCCAAA